UAAACCUGUAGGCUGCAUCCCAACCAAGUGAUGCUGGGCUCCUCAUCCCUAGAACAUGACAUCAUUGGGAAAGGCUCCGUCUCUGUGUCGGGGAGGGGGGGGCGAGGGGCGUUCACAGCAGUAAAUCAGCCUGUGACUGCCUGACUGCUGUUGCAGAGGGUGUGGACAUUUUUUAAUCGCGUCAGUAGCUCCAUGGAUCCUCCCUGGGGUAAUGCAGGUAUUCAUCGUUUUGCGGCUGCGUGUGGGAAUCGUCACCUGCAAGAAAACGACGAAGAGACGCUCCUCGUGGCUUUUAUCAGCGGGGUAGAUUUAGAUGAGAAGGUGUCGGAUAUGGCAGUGAGCAUCACAGAGCCGGUCUGUCAGCCGUGUGUUUACCACGAAGCUUUCAAAGUGGAGCUACAGGUGAGGAGACCUCUGAUGCCUCUCCAUCUGAGUCCAGAGCAGGUGGGCCUGGAAAUGCUGUGUCUCUGUGGGCAACUGGACCUCCUGAUCAGGGCACAGAUACAGCAGUUCCAGGAGCAGUUAGGACAACGCUGCAGCCCAGAGGAGUCUGACACUUUCCAGGCUCAAGGAUCAGAGAUUCUGGAUCAGAUGCUGCAGUGCCUUGAACAUCUACCAAAGCCUAUGCCGCAGCUGGAGGACUACCUGGACAUGGUGGGCCUAUCAGUCAUGUUUCCUCGUGUAGAGGUUUUUCUCAUUCAGGGCAGCCCAGUGGACAUGCUGGAGAGGCCGCCAAUGGAUGAAUACCUCUUCCACAUUGCCAGACUGAACCAGCUCCUAGUGCUGAGUCAACAGCUAGAAGAAGAUAUCAGACACCUUGGAAGUCAUAAAUACAUUGCCCACCAGCUCUCGGUUAUAUAUCAAGUCAUCAGCUCUUUCAGGGGAAUCCAGGUCUUCUCUGAAAUCAAGAAAGAUAUCGAGGCCAACUUUAAACAAAUGAGACAGUCUCUGGUGAUGGAGGAAGGCUCCAGGCAUGAACCACAGCUGGCUACUCGCUACAUUAACUGGAUCUUAGAAGUAACUCAUAGCGUAACAGCAGUGGUGCUGUCACUACCAGAGGAGCUGACUGAAGACCUUCACCAGGCCGUGACCUUUGUGUCCCAGUUCCUGUCCUGACUCACCCUAAUGCUUCACUUUAUGUCUAUGAAUCUUGGUGUUCUGAUGCACCAGGCUUCUCCUGGAAUGAACUGAUUUUGUUAUGACUAUGAAAAGGUGCUACACACUUUGAUUCAGCUGAUUGUGGGACUGGAUAAAAUACAUCUACAAAUCAUGGAGGUUUUUCUAUCGCCCUUCUGAAUGUGACCCAUGUUAAACCCUGUGGUGAGUCGUAUGUUUGGAAGUGAAUGUAAGUUUGUUGAAUCCCUCCUUGCACUACUGUUAUAAUUUUUUUUAAACCUAAAGCAAAAUAAUAAAACCAAAUGCAAUAGGGAGAUGUUUUUGUUUCCUCCCUGCUAUGGGACUGUUUAUGCUUUCACUUAAUAUGUCUCCUACUUCGGGCACAUGUGGCCAUAACCAAGAAGUGAUGUUUAAGACAGACCUAGUAUUCAGGUAAGCACAGGUAUAUGACUGAAACCAACAAUUCUUUUAAUCCAUUCAUCUACAGACUAUUUUCUCAAUGUAAAAAUAUCAGAAAAUAGUAAAAGUUGCUGCCAUUAUAUCCCAAACCUCUGGAUGAUUGUUUCAUUCACAGACAAUCCAAAACCCACAGUCUGCAAUCAGACAUA